AUGGGCUUGCUGACGAAGGGCAGUCCACUAAGCUGGCCGGAAACUGUUCCUCAUCUUGAAUAUAUAAAGAAACAUGGCAUUGCACAAUUCAUAAACCUGUAUCAUCGCUUGAAAUCACGUCAUGGAGAUCAGUUGAAGUGGGGAGAUGAAAUCGAAUAUACAGUUGUGAAGUUCGAUCAUCAAAACAAGAAGGUGCGCGUGUCAUGUCGUGCUGAAGAAUUGUUGAGCCGACUUCAAGCCCAGGAAGAGGUUAAUGCUCUGCUCGGUACUGUUAAUCACUUUCUAUGGCGACCAGAGUUCGCUGCUUACAUGGUAGAAGGAACUCCUGGAGUACCGUAUGGAGGACUCCUGGCGUGCUUCAAUGUUGUAGAAGCCAACAUGAUUGUGCGUCGUGUAGAGGUUCAAAAGUUCCUGAAAAAGGGAGAAUCAAUUUUAUCUAUCUCAUUUCCUGCUUUGGGCACGCCUGAUUUCACUGAUCCUCCAAUGGAGCCCACCCCUUAUAAAGAAGGACCUGGUCAAAGCAUUUUCUGGCCUGAAGAUGCGGUGUUUUGUGGUCAUCCAAGGUUCAAAAAUCUCGUGAAGAACAUUCGCGGGCGUCGUGGAGAAAAGGUUGCGAUCAACGUUCCUAUCUUCAGAGAUAAGAACACACCCAAUCCCUACAUUGAGGACCUAUCAGCAUUGGGAGAGGGAGAUAUGAUCAGUGCAGCAAAGCCGGAUCACAUCUACAUGGACCACAUGGGAUUCGGUAUGGGAUGUUGCUGUCUCCAGGUAACAUUUCAAGCCGUCAAUGUCGAUGAAGCGCGAUGGCUUUACGAUCAGCUCACGCCCAUUACGCCCAUAUUGCUAGCUUUGUCUGCGGCAACCCCUAUCUUCAGAAGCAAAUUAGCAGACGUUGAUUCUCGAUGGGAUAUUAUCAGUGCUAGUGUGGACGAUCGCACGGCCGAAGAGCGCGGACUAGUUCCACUGAAACAUUCGAAAUGGAAUAUAGCCAAGAGUCGCUAUGAUACAACCGACUGCUACAUAUACCCAUGUUCGGUCCCUUAUAACGACAUUCCAUUACAGUAUGAUGAAGCUAUAUACCAGCAGUUACGCGAUGGCAACAUUGACGAACCCUUAGCGAAGCAUAUCGCUCAUAUGUUCAUACGUGACCCGUUACAGGUGUUCCGCGAGAGAAUCGAGCAAGAUGAUGAAAAGUCAACAGAACACUUCGAAACAAUCCAGUCUUCUAAUUGGAUGAAUAUGCGUUUCAAGCCACCUCCACCAGAUGCUCCUGAAAUUGGAUGGCGCGUCGAGUUUAGACCGACAGAGGUGCAGCUGACCGACUUCGAAAAUGCAGCUUAUUGCUGCUUCGUUGUGUUGUUGACAAGAGUGAUAAUCUCAUUCCGCCUCACUUAUUUGCUGCCCAUUUCCAUGGUAACUGAGAACAUGAAGCGAGCUCAAAAAAGAGAUGCCGUCACAAAGCAGAAGUUUCUGUUCAGAAAGAGUUUGGCUACGUGCAAAUCACCUCCAGAAAACUUAAAAGGAACACCACAAUGUGGAGAACCAAGCGAAGAAAUUGAGGAAAUGACAAUAAACCAGAUUAUCAACGGAAAAGAAGGCGACGACACUUUUCCUGGGUUGGUUCCACUGAUUAAGCAAUACCUCGACAGUGCAGACGUAGACGUGGAUACUCGUUGCACAGUUUCGCAAUAUCUGAACUUCAUUUCGAAGCGCGCUUCUGGUGAAAUUUGGACACUGGCGCACUGGAUACGACAUUUUGUGGAUACUCAUCCGGCAUACGAACACGAUUCACAGGUUCCAGAUGAGACGAUUUACGAUCUUGUCAUGGAGAUGGACGAGAUAUCGAGCGGAAAGAAACACUGCAAGAAGUUGCUGGGAUGCUAUCGAUCAAAAACAGAUAAUUUGAUUCCAAGCGCAGUACGACGAGCUGAAGAAAGCUGGGUGAUAAGCAAACAGAAGCGUGCUGAUACAUAA